AUGGAUGAUUAUUCUUCGUGUUGCCCAUUCUGUAGUCUCACAAUUCCAUCAUCACAACUCGAACGGCAUGCGAAUAGUCACUUUGAGGCUGAAGAUGAACAACUGGCUAUGGACUUGGAGUUUGCCCACCAGCUUGCUUUAGCUCCUUCUUCACCGCCAUCCAUGUUACUUAAUAAUCAAACAAUUAGAGACUUGCCAUUUGUGAGAUCUGAUGGGCAAUGUGGCAUGGAGGAGGGUAUCUCCAGUCUGGUUGCUUUACAGACUAGAACUACUUUCUAUGAGAUUGAAGGUGGUGUGACGGCUUUGCUGAGAGGGUGUUUGGAGUUGGAACCUAGAAAUACGACUACUAUUUUGUGUGGUUAUACUGAUCAUAUUCAGAGCAUUCGAUCCGAAGAUUCUGGCUGGGGUUGUGGGUGGCGUAAUAUCCAAAUGCUGAGCUCCCAUUUGCUUAUGCAAAGGCAAGAGACUCGAGAUGUUUUGUUUGGUGGUGCAGGAUUUGUUCCUGAUAUCCCAUCACUCCAAAGAUGGCUUGAGAUAGCUUGGGGAAAGGGAUUUGAUGUAGCUGGGUCUGAUCACUUUAAUAACAAAAUUUAUGGCUUGAGAAGAUGGAUUGGAACAACUGAAUGUGCUGCCCUUUUCCGUUCUUUUGGGCUGCGAGCAAGGAUAGUGGAUUUUGGUCCCAAAGAACUUGAACCAUAUUAUCUUUCUCUUCCUGGUUCAAGUCUUGGGGAUGAGGUCAAGAGAAUACAUAAUGGUGGAAAGAGGAAAGCAAUUCAGGUUCGUGGACCAAUGGAUAGAUAUCUUCCCGGAAGGAGUCAUGAUAUUAACCAAGCGAGUUCGAGUUGCUGUGAAAAAUCAAGUUGUUCUACUAGCCAGAAAGGAGGUGACUCUUGGGGUAGGAAAUGUGAUUAUAAUUCGGAAAAUAAGUUUUCAAGGAAAAGCAAGGGUCAUCAGGUUCUCAUGGAUUGGAUCUGGAAUUACUUUAAUGAUGGCAACGUUAGCAGAAACGGAAAUCACCGAGUGAUAAUUAGUAACAAAACACCCUUGUACUUUCAACAUGAUGGGCAUUCGAGAACCAUUGUUGGGAUUCAAGUCAAAAAUCAACAUAACGGGAUGCAACAACAUACUCUCUUAAUUUUGGACCCUGGUCACAGGACAGCAGAGCUGGAAAGAUCACUGAGGGAAAAGAGAGGAUGGCAGAAGUUUAUAAAAAGAGGGGUUCACACACUGAGAAAGCCACAGUACCAGUUGUGUUAUAUUGAUUCUGGCAUUGCAAGUGGAGAUGAACUGGAGUUGCUCAAGACUGUAGAUAGUGUUUUUCUUGAACUCUAG